AUGAAAUACUGCUAUAAAAGAUAUUUGGAAAAGGUGCCACGUCCCUUCUAUGCAAGGCAUACCAACAGCGACGACAAUGAGGACCCAAUUCGGUUGGAGCGACAAUUCGUGCCGAACAAGAAUGUAAUGGAGAAGCAAUGCGUACGCUGUGAAAGUACCUUCUCGGUCACAAGUGCUGGUGUAUAUGUAACCCGCGAGAAGUGCACCUUCCAUUGGGGUAAAUUGCUAAAAGUUCCUACCAGUUAUAACAAUUACAAAAUGCAAUACGCUUGUUGUGAGGGUAGCAAAGAGUCAGUAGGUUGCACCACAAAUUCAGUGCAUGUGUGGACCGGCGCUGUGCCCGGCAUUAAUGGUCCUUAUGCUGAUUUCAUACACACCCGGCAACAAUCCGACGAACCCAAAGUGUAUGCGCUCGAUUGCGAAAUGAGCUUCACUGGACGUGGAAUGGCUGUGACCAAAGUGACUGUGAUUGGCUUUGAUGGUCAGUUGGUUUAUGAACAUUUUGUGCGCCCCAUUGCUGAGAUUGUCGACUAUAAUACGCGUUUCUCUGGUGUGAGCGAGAGAGAUGUUUGUAAAUUUUAUAACAAGGAUGUGAAGACACUCGGCGAGGUGCAGCGUGAUCUGCUGCAAAUAAUCGACGCCAAUACUAUAUUGAUUGGACAUGGUUUGGAGAAUGACUUAAGGGUGCUACGAUUGGUGCAUAAGACAGUUGUGGAUACGUCCAUUGUCUUUCCGCAUACCAACGGUUUUCCUUUCCGCAAUUCUCUUAAACAUUUAACAAAGACAUAUUUGAAUCGCGACAUUCAAUUAGACGGUCAGAGUCACGAUAGUUUAGAGGAUACUCGUGCCUGUUUGGCACUGAUGCUGUUUAAGGUUACCACCGACAUGCAGCGCUCAUAAGUGGUCAUCCAUUGUAAAGUCAAUGGGUACGUUUGUUUGGUGAUCCCCUGUAGCAACGCUGUGGUGGCGUGGCUUCUACCAAAUGAAGCAUGCUCUGCGUUGAAUUUCUCAUCGCAUUGAGAGCAUUUCGUGCUUCCUCAUUCGACGCAACUGCGUCAAGUUCCCCAAAAUUCCAAAGGUGUCUUGCCACGGAAUUUAUUUUGCUGUCAUUUCCUCUUAAAAUAUUAAUCAAUAGCGCUUUGUCGUCAAUCUGGUCCAC